AGCAAUAUGCAUCAUUUUUCAGACUGAAAAUCGGACUUACAGCUAGCCUUCAAUUAAAUGAAAAGUAGCGCAUACAUGUACAUUGUAGAGUCGAUAGUUGGUUAUUAUUUCCAGCCUCCAGCUCCUCAUUAAUUAUAGUUAACUAGAUGUGUAAAAUUCGGUGAAAUAGUGCAAUUUAUUUGUUUGUCAUAUAACUUGUGUUGCAUUUAACUGACAAAUGAAUGAAAGCUGUUUACAGUGAUCGGAUAACAAGAUCUGUAUUAUUCGUGUGGAUAUUAUGUUCUUUAUAGUAGUAUCCAUACGUUUUAUGGAUAACAAGUAAUGCAUAAUGCUCACGGCGUUGCGAUAUGAUACCAUUAGUCGUCUGUUUUAAACGUGGCAAAUUGUACAAUGGUUAUCGUUACAUUAGUAAAUUGUGGAAGUUCCCGAAUUAUCCAGAUAACUUUCCAAAUUGGAUUAAAAUAUGAUUUUUAUUCGUCUAACCAGUGACACUAUGUGUUCUUAGUAUCUAUUACCGAAAUGCUAACCAUGAGAGGAACUAGUCUGUUGAGGAGAUUUUAUAACCACCGUUGCUUUAUGGUUGUAUCUAUAUCCGGUUUACUCAUUUACAUUUUGAUUGGAAUUUUCAUGAAGUUUCAAAUCAAUCAGCAAUCUAAACCUAUUAAUUCAAAUAGUAAACAAUCUACAUUGUCAUCUACAGUGUUGCAGCCAGUAUUGAAUAUGAACGUGAAUCAGCACGAGAAGAAGGGGAGCAAGGUGAUAAUAGCGGCCUAUAUGAGAAGUGGAUCAAGUAUUACAGCUAGGAUACUAGAAGAAAACCCCGACACAUUCUAUGUGUUUGAACCUUUAUUAACGGUGGCCACAAUGAGGAAAUAUUUUCUAACGGCAGUUUACAGUGAUCAACCAAUGCAAAUAAUGAGAAGAGGGGACGACAAUAUGGAAAAGAUUUUAGAUAGUUUUUUAAACUGUAAUUUACAUGAGAUCAAUUUGGAAACAUUAGCUCAGUUUCAUAUGGAUAAAAGUUCGUCAACUAGAGAGUUUUACUACUGUAGCCAUACUACCAGAGCUUCACGAUGGCGACCUGACUGUUUUUAUCCUUUGCUUGGUGCGUGUUUGUCUAAAAAAUACAGUGUGAUUAAGACAAUACGAAUGAAGAUUGCAUCUCUUGAAAAUCUUUUAGUCAAAGAUCCUUUAAUCAAACUCGUUCACUUGAUAAGAGAUCCUCGGGCGGUGGCCGCGUCUCAGAUAACAUCCUGGUCAGUAAAAUCUAUAAACCAAAACCGGAUAGACGCCGAGAUGAAACAAACAGUAACACUGUGUAGGACGAUGCUCGAGAAUAUCCGGGCGAGUGAAAUCUUGUUUCAGAAAUUCCCUAAUAGAGUGAGAGUCUUAGUUUUUGAAAAGUUUGCUUAUAACCCGAUUGAAACAACCAAGAUACUAUAUGAUUUUGUUGGUUUCAAUUUUACCUAUAAGAUAGCUCGGUUUGUUGACUCGGUGACUCGGGCCGGAAGUCCUACCCCUUGUCCUUUAUGUACCAGCCAGGGAAGUUCAUACCACACCUCACAAAAAUGGCGAACAUUUUUCAACAUUGAACAAGUUCGUAGAUUUGAUGAACAUUGCUCAGAAGUGUUCCAAAGAGUCGGAUUCACGAGGUUUCAAACACAAGAUGAUUUAGUGAAUUUUAACAUCAUGUCCUGGCAAUAUCUUAAUCAACCUGAAUAUAUUGUUUAAUUAACUAAAAUUAGAAUUUAAAUUGUGUUUAAAAAGGUAUCACCACUGUUUAUUUAGCACCAAAUUGCUGAAAUGAAAUAUUUAAACAAACAAAAUGAUAAUUCAAAUAUAGCAGUAUGUACAGUAAAUAUGGACAGCUUUUAGAAAAAAUCAACAACAAAUGGUCUUAUGAGUCCGCAUAUUUCGUUAAAAUGUCGCUACCUUUAUAGCAAGUACCAGAUGUUCAAUGAACAUGUUCAAAAGCGAUAAUAGCAGUGUAUCAGUGAUCAAUUUACUCAUAUCCACGAAAUCCAUUGAUAUCCAUACAACUGUCAACGAGACAAAAUGGUUUUCAAUUGAUGAGUAAGUAUAUUGUUUUAUUUUGUUAUAAUAUGUAAUAAUAUUUAUGGUAAUAAAUACUAAUUGUAUUU